AUGGGCGGCGCCGUGGUUGACGAGGGUCCCACCGGCAUCAAGGCCCCUGAUGGGGGCUGGGGCUGGGCCGUCCUCUUCGGCUGCUUCGUCAUCACGGGCUUCUCCUACGCCUUCCCCAAGGCGGUCAGCGUCUUCUUCAAGGAGCUCAUGCGUGAGUUUGGGAUCGGCUACAGUGACACGGCCUGGAUCUCCUCCAUCCUGCUGGCCAUGCUGUACGGGACAGGCCCACUCUGCAGCGUGUGUGUGAACCGCUUUGGCUGCCGGCCCGUCAUGCUCGCGGGUGGCCUCCUGGCAUCCCUGGGCAUGGUGGCUGCGUCCUUCUGCGGAAGCAUCAUCCAGCUCUACCUCACUACCGGGGUCAUCACCGGCUUGGGCUUGGCACUCAACUUCCAGCCCUCCCUCAUCAUGCUCAACCGCUAUUUCAACAAGAGGCGCCCCAUGGCCAAUGGGCUGGCAGCCGCGGGCAGCCCCGUGUUCCUGUGCGCCCUGUCCCCACUGGGGCAGCUGCUGCAGGACCACUAUGGCUGGCGGGGCGGCUUCCUCAUCCUGGGGGGCCUCCUGCUCAACUGCUGCGUGUGCGCCGCGCUCAUGAGGCCCCUGGAGGCAUCCCGGCCGGGUUCAGGGCCCGGGCCCCAGCGGCCAGCCAGGCGGCUGCUGGACCUGAGCGUCUUCCGGGACCGUGGCUUUGUCAUCUACGCCGUGGCCGCCUCCAUCAUGGUGCUGGGGCUCUUUGUGCCCCCCGUGUUCGUGGUGAGCUACGCCAAGGACCUGGGUGUGCCCGACACCCAGGCUGCCUUCCUGCUCACCGUCCUGGGCUUCAUCGAUAUCUUCGCCCGGCCCGCCGCGGGCUUCAUCACGGGGCUUAAGAAGGUGCGACCGUACUCCGUCUACCUCUUCAGCUUCUCUAUGUUCUUCAACGGCUUCACGGACCUCACGGGGUCCACGGCCAGCGACUACGGUGGCCUGGUGGUCUUCUGCAUCUUCUUCGGCAUCUCCUACGGCAUGGUGGGGGCCCUGCAGUUCGAGGUGCUCAUGGCAAUUGUGGGCACCCAGAAGUUCUCCAGUGCCAUUGGCCUCGUGCUGCUGCUAGAAGCCAUUGCCGUGCUCAUUGGGCCCCCGUCGGGCGGCAAGCUUCUGGACGCGACGCACGUCUACCAGUACGUGUUUCUCCUGGCAGGGGCCGAGGUGCUGGCCUCCUCCCUCGUGCUGGUGCUGGGCAACUUCUUCUGCAUUAAGAAGAGGCCCGAGGCAGCUGUGGAGGAGGGGGAGCGCCACAAGCCCCCCGUGGACGUGAGGGUGGACUCUCGGGAGGUGGAACACUUCCUGAAAGCAGAGCCUGAGAAAAACGGGGAGGUGGUUCACACCCCAGAAACGAGCGUCUGAGCGGAGGAGGCCAGCAGGGGUGAGGGAACCGGACAGAGACUUCAAGGCUCGUGUUUAUUUCACAAACAGGACUGGCUUGGGUGGGGCCGUCCGUGUGUCUCGGGGGGCUGGUGAGGUGGGGACCGUGUCAUUCCAAAGCAGGUCUGUGGUAGAGCCAAGCCUCGAGGUUACAAGCCGUCUGCACCGGGACACAGCCUGCUGACCCCAGAGCAGCCUGGUGCCCACCGCUGUGCUCAGGGACCUAGAAACCCAUGCUUCAGAGACAACAUGACCGGGGUCAGGGGCGGAGCGGCACCGUCUCGGGAGAGACCCCCCCCCCCCCACCCCAUGUGGCUGGCUGCACCCCGUCCCGCCCCACCUCCACCACGGCGCUCUAGCCCGCCCCUCGCCGAGUAUUGGGGGACAAACCUCCCUUCCUCCGCUUCUGAAGGUCUGAAAUAAACCUGCGUAUGGGAGGA